CUUCCAGCUUUUUUAGACUUGUUGAUGGUCAGCCUGUCUGUGUCAGGGGCUGGGUUUCUCUUUUAUCCAAGGAGAGAGAGGAGAGAAAGGAUAGAAAAAAAAUAGCUGUGUCAGACAUGACGAGAGAGAAACAACGAUAAAACUCGAUCAAAUGAUGAUUUAAGACACUUUAAAGAACCCGCCAUGGCUAUAAGGGAGCUCAAAGUUUGCCUUUUAGGGGACACGGGAGUGGGCAAAUCCAGCAUAGUUUGCAGAUUUGUUCAAGAUCAUUUUGAUCACAACAUAAGCCCCACCAUAGGGGCAUCUUUCCUGACCAAGACUGUGCCAUGUGGAAAUGAGCUACAUAAAUUUCUGAUCUGGGACACAGCUGGACAAGAACGGUUUCACUCGUUAGCUCCUAUGUACUACAGGGGAUCAGCUGCUGCUGUCAUUGUUUACGACAUCACUAAACUGGACUCCUUCCAGACACUGAAGAAGUGGGUGAAGGAGCUGAAGGAGCACGGCCCAGAGGACAUCGUUGUAGCCAUAGCAGGAAACAAGAAUGAUUUAGGAGACAUCAGGGAAGUUCCUAUGAAGGAAGCGAAGGAGUUUGCUGAAUCAAUUGCAGCUAUUUUUAUUGAGACCAGCGCCAGAAAUGCGGUCAAUGUCGAGGAGCUCUUUCAGAAAAUCAGUAAACAGAUCCCACCGCUGGAAAAUGCUGAAGUGGAGAGCAACGAUUCCUUUAAACUCACCCGGCAGCCCAGUCAGACCACCAGGAGGUGCUGCUAGUGACCCACCAAGGACUUUUCUUUCAACAACCCUGACAAACACCGGGACCUGAACAACAUCCACAACGCACAUGACAUCCUACCUGCUGGGGAGACGACACCGAAGAUGACCUGGAGUCACAAAAAAGGAAAAAACUGUAGGGAUUAAGUCAAAACACCAACUUAUUUAACAGAAUUGCACUAGCUGUGAUUAUCUAACUCAGAUGUUUGUCUCCCUCUAGUGGUGGUUUCACUAACUUUACAUUUACUACACAUUUUUAUAAUCCCAAAUUAUCCAGACUGAUUUGCUCUUUAGAGUCAGUGUUUGGUUAUCUGAGUAUUUUAUCCUGGCUCUUGGACUAAUUUUUUUUUUUUUUUUUUUUUUUGUACAAACUUGUUUUACUCUCAAAGUUAGGCUUACACACCAUAGCUGAGCGUAUAUUUAAGUCGCUCACACACCAAGCCUUUACAUUCCUCCUUAAAGGAUUUACUAUAAUUCUGUAGGAUGAACGUCAUCAUGAGUUUUUUUGAAGAUGUUUAGCACACGUGGAAACAUUUCUGUGUAAAUUGCUCACAGCAGCUUUUUUUUGUUUUCUUUUCCUAAUACCAAGAAAAAAGGGGGUUUACAUUUGUAUGGUUAAUUAUACCUAAAAACUGCAGGUCAUCUACUAAAACCAUUUUUGUUGUUGUCUAACAAUUAUUUUUAAAGGUUGCAUGGGAAUAAAAGCCAGGAUUUUGACUUUGUGGAAAAUGAUAGUGUUCUUAGCCUUAAUGUGUAAAAUUAGGAUUAUGUUGAAAUUCUGUUUUGUUUUUGUUUCGUUUUGUUUAAAAUGGUACUAUUUUGAUUUUGACUACUUUGGAAAGUUACGUCAGCAUUUUUGAUGAUAGUUUGAUAAAAUGCCUAAAACAAUUACUUUUGGAGCUCUACACAGGAUUUAGUCAAAGGGGGGGAUGAAGGUAUUUUAUUAUUUUUUUCCCCCUAACAUUUUAUGUAACAUGGAUAUCUCUUCUGUGCUUUAUAACACGACAUUUUCCAGACUCUUGUAUUCGCUGAUCUGAAUGUUGUCGUAAUGAAAAAUCACAUCCAGCUUUAUUGGGAAUCUUCCGAAAUGUAUUACCUUGCUUUGAAAA